AUGAUCAAGAUGUGGGUCUUUAAAGUGCUAAUAUUUUUCAUGAUCCAAUGUUCAAAUCUUGUAUGGGCUCAAAACUUCUACGACGAGGAUCCACAUCUAAUCGAACUUACACCAAAGAAUUUUGACAAAGUGAUUCAUAGAACCAAUUACACAUCCGUUGUAGAAUUCUACGCACCAUGGUGUGGCUACUGUAAACAGUUAAAACCUGUUAUGAAGAAAGUUGCUAAAAAAUUGGAUGGUAUUGUCCAAGUUGCAUCUGUUAAUUGUGAUUUACCCAAGAAUAAGCAGUUAUGUGCAGAGCAUAGAAUCCAAGGAUUCCCAACCCUGAUGGUCUUUAGACCCCCCAAGAUUGAUAUGUCAAAACCACAUUCACAAAGAGUGGAAUUGAGGAAUCAUGCUGGCGAAGUUUAUAAAGGUGAAAGAAAAAUGGCCCCAAUUAUAGAUUUUGCCGUAUCAAGAAUGAAGAAUUACGUUAAAAGGUUGUUGAACGUGAAUAAACUGGAAGAAAUAUUCAAAAAAUCUACCAGACCCUCCAUGGUACUUUUCUCCAAGAAGGAUAAGUUAUCACCGGUUUACAAAAGCAUUGCAUUGGAUUGGUUGGGAGUCUUCAACUGUUUCAUAAUCCCCAAUGGCAAGCUGGAUUCGCUAUCAUCGGAUGACAACUUAGCUAAAUCAUACCCUAACAUUUAUGGUUUCUUGCAAAGUAUCGCUCAUGACCAGAAAAAUAGUGAGAAAAGCCUACUAGUAGUCUUUGACCCUCAUAAUGACCAAUAUCAUGUCUUCCAAGGUGACUCACUAGUAAAACCACAGGUUUCUAAGUUCUUAACCGGAUCCAUUGGUCGCAAUCCUCAAGAGGGACCAGGUAGUAAACGCCAACAGUUUGUCGAUGCCGUCAAAAGCGGUAAGAACAAGAGGGUAAACCAUGAUGAAUUGUAA